GCCAUUGUUGUCUUAGCAACGAGCAGUCAUGGCGGAGGACCCAUUUUUCGGUUUACUGAAUGGCAUCGCCCAAAAAUUAUACUACGAGAACAAGGAAAUUACGGACGAUGUUCUCAAGAACGACCUGUAUCCAUCGGUUACGGAUCAAGAGUUCUCCAAGUUGCUUGCAAAGGCGACCAAUGUUAUCAAGACUCUCGCGGCCUCCAACAUGGACUGGACACAACUGGAAGCUUUCCUGACGUCCCAGACCAAGCGUCAGGAAGGCGGAUUGACGGCCGAACAGGCGCAGUCGACAGCUCGCUUCUGGCAAGGUCACCGGUCGCGCAUCCGUGCCAGCGUCCUGGCACAGAGCCGCUGGGACCCGGGGCUCGAAUCUUGCUCGUGGAGGGUGGACGUGGACGGCCCCACGGCACAUGUGACCCUUGGACAAGCUCAACUGCAGCUCGACAAGUCCCAUCUUGAAGCGCUGCUCCAAAGCAUCGCAGACGUCCAAGUGGCAUUAGAUAAACACUGUCCCAAGGUGAAGUGAACACACACAUGCUUCCUGGAUACCGCCGAGACAUUCUUUGUUCGUCAGUUACAUCCGAUUGUGUGAGCAAUGGACUUCCUGUGUUGCUGCUCGUAUGCGACUAUUGGUUCUUUUACUGGAGUAUGUAGCCAUUCGACAGUACUGUUGACCACAAGCUACCGUGAAAUACCGGGUGAGCACCCAUCCCACUUUUGCUGAAAACUGGAUUCAUCUAGACACAGGUGCUCGCCCAAUCAAAUAGGGUGCCUAAAGUAUACAGAUUUCCCAA